UUUUAUAGUAGAAUGUUUGUUAACAGUUUUUGAAAGUGACGUUAAAAAACAAACGAAAAUAACUGAUUGUAUGAGUAAGCAGUUAAGUGCCCUAUUUUUUUUAAUUAAAAUGAGAAUUGAUUUUAUCUUGUUCCCCAAAUAUACAGUUACGGUUUUGUAAUUUCUAUAAAAUAUGAUGUACGCUAACCUAUUAUUAAGAUUAUAAUCUAGUCGGACAAAAGAUCAUUAUUGUACCAUCUAAAAAUUAAUUGUCUUUAAUCAAUACACUUCAGUGGCGUUACUGAAGUACAUUUAAUGAGUUACGUAAUUCGCACAUGCGAUAAAAUCAAAGAACCUUAUAUAAAUAACCAGAAUUGUUGAACAUUUUUGAAUUAAAAGUUUAAACAUCGUGAAAAUUACAAAUUAAUUAGAAUGCACACGUUUUUAAUAAUGGUUUUCAUUAUUUUAUUGGCGGAUUUCUAUAAAACUGAGGUGGAAGUAAAACUUUACAAACUAGAGAAUUGCCAGAGCGCAAAAAAUCUUACAAUAAUGUUUAAGUUUGAAAAUUUAAUAACAACCAAUAACAAAAUGUUGAUGAAUUACACAUCUUACGUAAAGGAAGAUGUUACGAAUCCAAUUUCUAUUGUUGUGUAUUCGAAAAAAUGUUUGUUUAAAGACAAUUUGGACACAUGUGAAGACAUGCCUGUUUUACAGUACAACAGAUUUUGCGAAAACGUUAAGAAACCUAAUAUCUUGUUAAAAGAAAUAAUUUAUAAAACUACCCCGUUUAUUGAUUGCCCCAUAAGAAAGGGAACUUACAAGACAGUUAACGCCACUUUUGAUAUAAACGCACUUCUUGCUUAUCAAACUAAAACUUACUUCUGGGUGACAAGAUCGGAAAUUAUAGAAAAAUCAACAAAGAAACUUUUAUUUUGUUUAUUUACAAAGGCUCAAGUAAUUUUUAAGUGAUUUUUCUCAGUUUUGUAAUAAUCUUGAGAUAUAAAAUUAUAUAUGUAUAUGCUUGUAAUGUUCUACUUUACUAAUAACAAAAAACAAAUGAGGGUGCAGAA